AUGAAAGAGGUUAAAUUGAAGAUCGAUGUAGGCAAGAUAAUAAGAGAAUGCGAGGUCAUCAAUAGUAUAGAUGAAAUGUACAACGCUGUUUCUGUUGAUAAUAAAGUAAGUGAUUUGGCUAUACUAGAUCGCAUACUCGAUGGCAACAUAAGAAUAGAAAGUAAGCAUGCUGAUGAAAAAGAAGAGCUACAAAUUCUGAAUGUAAUUAAAAAUGAAAUACGUGAGCAUUUCGUAUACUAUGACAGCGAACUAAAUAGCAUAUGCAAUGUGCGCAGAGUGAUAGUGGACGGAAGAAUAGAUGUUGUCAAAUUCUGGGCCCUGGUUUUAAUCAACAAUAUUAUAAGGGCAAAUCCAUUUGUAUACAACGCAGAGCAUGGAAUUUGCAGAAAAGAUGGCAUAGAUUUAACUCAGGAUGUAGACCCAUACAACGAGAACUGCUAUAUAAGCACCAGAGCAUACACACUACAGGUUGAUGAUGCAAAGAUGGAAAGCGCACUUUAUCUUACAUCUGAGAGUCUGGAAAGACAGAACUUCUGCUACAUUUCUGGCUUAGCAAGCUCAAUGGACAUAAAUAUUUUAAAAAAGUAUACAUUCACAGAAACACACUACACUUUAGACGAGCUGUACACAUUAACUAAAGACAAUGGGGUGCCACUGGUAGACUACGGGUUGAAGCUUAUCUAUGAAAAAUACUUUGAAAUGGGCGAGCUAUUUGAGCUGGUUAAAAAUAUAAAGCUCAUUUCAAACAGUCUGCAGGAUGUAACCCGAGAAAUAUAUGAGCUGUUUAGCCCCGAAGACCUAAAGAUAAUCGUUUCUAUCAGAGAUAAUCUGGAAAAGAUCAAAUACGAAAAAACAGCGCACAACUGUCUGAUUAGAUCGCUGGAAUACAUGGCAAAUAACACUCCACUCGUGGACGCGAAAGACGGAACAAGAUUGCUGAAGAUAAGCAGUGAUUUGAGCGAUUUUAGCAUAGACUACGUAGCUGGGAGAAAAGGCUUAAGGAGGAUAGUAGAUAAAGAAAAAGCCAAAUUGGACGAAGAGCUAAAAAGAGUGUAUAAGACUUACAAUGCAAAGUGUGAUAGAAAUAGAACACUGGGAAUGUAUUUAUUUGCCCUGGAAACAGGAUCUAGAGUUAAAGAUCAGAGCUACUACCAAGCAGAAGAGAAAAUUAAAAAAGAGAAAGAAAGUGCAGUUUGUGCUAUCAAUAGGCUAAAAAAUGACAUAGCUCUGCUGAAAUGGAAAAUAAGAAAAGAAGAGCUGCAGCGUGAGAAUAUCCACAAACUUCUGAGCAUCUCAAGAUCACUGUCUCAAAUGUCUCUAGCGCAGCAAGACUAUAUAAUCAGAAAGAUAGAAGAGUUUGGAAAAGCACACAACAUAAAGGUAGAAGUGGUGGAGAUAAAAAAGCUUCUUUCGAUAAGACUCACCAGAGCAAACAUAGUUAAAAUGUUUAUUCUUAGCGCUAUGCUCAUAGUAGCAUCAUUACUACUGGUGAGAUAUAUGAACAGUGAGGUGAAGUCUGUUGGUACUAGUUAG